AAAGGUUAACUCGGCUCCAUAGUUUGUCAGUCGAACAAAACUACUGUAUCUGAUAACGCAACAAUACGUUGGGAUAGCUUACAUACUUUAUUUUUUGCUGGGGCUGUGUGGCACAAGAGGGCAUCGAAUAUUUCCCGUGUUAUUAACGUAGCAAUUCGUCGAAAAGGGAAAGGCAAUAUUUGUUAGUCAAAGUUAGGCUUUGUUAGGUGACUUGGUAAGUGAAAGUCACUUACGUUACUGACGAUGCUCACCUAGCCUACUCUUCGCAAACUUGAGGUACCCUACCCUACCCGUAACACAGCUGUGCAUUGCGCGCGCACUCCACAGCCUCUGCAGUACGGAUCUGUAACGGGACACUCAGCUCGAAUCAUUUUCUCUCUUCGUAUUUUGAAGAGUUUUUAAUCGAGUUUAUAGGUUGUGACACUGUACAACAUGUGGCAGCUGAUAUAUUUCGGUGAGACUUGUGUGACUGAUAUUGAAUGAUCAGACGGACUGACAACUAGAGAGGUGAUCAGCUGCUCUCUUCACUAAUAUGUGUCUGCAUGACGCCACCUGCCUGGGAACCCCUUGAUCCUGCUGUAGAGCCUGAAGGGACACACCUGUCCCCCAGCCCCCCGAUGCCCAGAGCAGCCACUAAGCUCCCAAUGUGACCAGCCCAGCCGGCCACCCACCCGGAUGCCGCCAUGCCCAUCAUCAGCAACGCAAACCACGACUUCAGCAACCUCUCGGCCAGCGAUGACAGCAGCCUCGACGCCAUCUUCACCCAGAUCCCAGAGACGGAGUCGGUCAAGGGGGUCUAUUAUCAGAGGGCCCAGUUCAUUAGACGACCAGAGGACCUGCUGUCAGUUGACCACGGCCUGCUAGCGGUCAUCAACGUGGGGGGCAACCAAUACACCUUCCCCUGGAGCACACUGGAGCAGUUCCCCCUUACCCGGCUGGGACGGCUCUGUGGUCUCAGCAGCCCAGAGGAGAUUGCCGGCGUGUGUGAUGACUAUGAUGAGACGCGGCGGGAGUUCUUCUUUGACCGCAGCCCCUCGGCCUUCCGCGUCAUCCUCAACUUCCUGGCGGCAGGGAAGCUGCGCAUGCUGAGGGAGAUGUGCGUGCUGUCGCUCCACGAUGAGCUGCUCUACUGGGGCGUGGAGAUGACCUACAUGGAGCGCUGCUGUAAGAGGAAGAUGUACACGCGCAUCGAGGAAAUGAAUGAGCACGAGAGGCAGGAGGAGGAGCAGAGGCAGAGGCACGCCCUGCUGCGCCCCCCAGUUGAGGAGACUCGCUAUCGCAAAUUCAUGAACCAGCUGAGGGAUAUGGUGGAGAACCCCCAGUCUGGAUUGCCAGGGAAGAUCUUUGCCUGCCUGUCGGUGGUGAUGGUGGCUGUGACCGUAAUAAGUCUGUGCAUCAGCACCAUGCCGGACCUCAGGGAGGAGGAAGACAGAGGUGAGUGUUCUCAGAAGUGUCGCAAUAUGUUCAUUGUGGAGACAGUGUGUGUGGCCUGGUUCUCCCUGGAGUGGAUCCUGCGCUUCAUCCAGGCUCGCAGCAAGCUGGAAUUCAUCCGUGGGCCCCUCAACGUCAUUGACGCCAUGGCCAUCUUGCCCUACUACGUGUCCCUGGUGGUGGAUGAAGAUGACCCGGCCAUGGACCAUGAGAAGGCCGGAGGGACCAGCUACCUGGACAAGCUAGGCCUGGUGCUGAGGAUCCUGAGGGCCCUAAGGAUCCUGUAUGUGAUGAGGCUGGCCCGUCACUCUCUGGGCCUGCAGACUCUGGGCCUGACGGUGAGGAGGAGCACCAGAGAGUUUGGCCUGCUGCUGCUCUUCCUGUGUGUGGCCGUCACCCUCUUCUCCCCGCUGGUCCACCUGGCUGAGAGUGAGCUGACCGGAGUCGAGGACUUCAGCAGUAUCCCUGCCUCCUAUUGGUGGGCCAUCAUCUCCAUGACGACGGUGGGCUACGGAGACAUGGUGCCACGUAGCAUCCCGGGCCAGGUGGUGGCGCUGAGCAGCAUUCUGAGUGGCAUCCUCAUCAUGGCCUUCCCUGCCACCUCCAUCUUCCACAUGUUCUCUAAGAGCUACCAGGAUCUCAAGCGGGAGCAUGACCGCCUGUUUAAGGAGGAGUGUGCGGCGGCAGCGGCCUUAGCAGCAGCCAGCGGGGAUGGCCAGGAGGGGAGCGAGGACUUCCCGCCCCCAGGGCUGCGCCACAUUUGUCCAGACACGGAGAGCACUCGCUCUCUGGAGUCCCUGUCCUUGCUGGAGAAUGGUGUUGAGGCUAACCAGCGUAGCCACAGCCUCAGGCUGCCAGCAGGAGCGUUUUAGACAGUCAAACAGACCCCACCUCUCCCGGCCCACAUACUGGGGACAGGGAGGCCUCAGCAUACUGGGGACAGGGAGGCUCACUCAUCAUAGACUUAAUAGAUGAUGCAGUAAAAUAUCCAAUCCAAAUGAAUUUUUUUCUCCAUUGCUUUCUUCUCUCUUCGAAAAUAUUGCGUAGUUCACUCACCACAUACUUGUUUUCAUUUUAGUUUCAAUCUCUGUCUGAGAUCAGAAGGACAAAUGGAAGCCGUAGCCACCUGUCUACCCUAGACAUCUGUACUGAGCUCAAGUGAUUUUAUUUUUGAGAGGCUUUAAAAGCUGUACUUAAAAGACCUCAGAUAUCAUACUGGAUGGUUCUGACUCUCCCGUGCUGGAUAAGUCCUCUCUCUUUAGCUGCAACAAAUGCAAAGAUACACACAGACUACCCUGGAUUUGGCUGCUUGAGUGUUUGGAGUCACGGAGAUGGAGUUAUUUGCCACCGCACGCUUCAACAAGCAGUGAUCAUAGAGCUUUUAUAAUCUGCUUGAGAAAGAGAGCCAUGUGUGUAGAAUUAACUUUGUAAGGCUCUAAAUAAAAACACAAGUGAUCU